CAAGGGCCUAAAUCAUAUCAGUCGUGAGCCGCGCCUCGCUGGCGACGGGUCGACGGGUCGGGUCGGACGUGACGAGCAGUCGCGGGCAACGUCGCACCACCCCCGACGAAUUCAAAUGCACCCGCGCCUCAUUUUCUUGGGCAUUCCCCCUUAAAUGAACAAAGGCGUAAUCGUUUUAUUUUAGCCUUGUUUUUUGUGCGUGUUUGGCGCGGCAUUUGAUUAUGGCGACGGGCAAGCAGCCGAAGGCGUUCAAGAGAAGGUGGCUGCAGUGUCCUUUCACGUGGAAGAUACCUAAAGAGCUGUUCAGGCGCGAGUUGUCCCGCGAAAAGGAGACCCUAUCCCUCGCCCCAAACGUCUGGACCGUUGUGCUGAGCAAACUGUUUCUGGCGUACCAGUAUGCGAUGUGGGACGAUGAAGAGACUAGCAAGAGGCUGCUCGUGGAGUGCUAUCUGCCUCUUGUAGCGCUGGAAGUGAAGGGCCUAGAGGGAGAUGACAUGGUUUUGGUCAAGGAAUUCCAAAUCGCUUUGAAGCAUGUCAUUGAUUCUUGUUGGGCUUUUGUAUGCUGCAAUAAAAAAGGUUCUGAUGUAGAAUCAUUUCUGCAAAGUAUAACUCCAUUCUCCACAAUGAGCAACUCUCAGAAAUCUGCAGUGUGGGCAAUACGUAGCAAACUAAUUCGCCAUGAAGAUAGUCUGAGCCUGACAGCUAUUGAAACUGCCAUUACCCUAAAUCCAAAUGAAGGCCAAUGGCAAUUGUAUAAAGGUCAGCUCUUGCACCAGUUAGACAUUGAAGAAGAGGAGUUCAAGGCUCUUCAGAUGGCUUUCCUUAAUCGAAACUCAGCUGAAAUCACAAUUGUAUAUGCAAUUGCCUUAAUUGAACAUCAGCUUAGAAGAAGAGAAGAAAUUAAGGCUGGAUUAGACAUUUUAAGGGAAGCUGUAUCAAAAUGGCCAAGAAGUUCCUAUGUCUACUUUGAAUGUGGUGUGGCUCUUGCAAAGUAUCAAUCUAAGUUGGAUGACAUAGAAGAAGCAGCAUUUAGUCUUAAAAGAGUUCCAAAACAUAGCAUUCCACGUAGAAGCGUCAUUAGUAAACUCUUCACUUCCUAAAUUGUAGAAGAGAAGGGCUUCGCUAAUCCCUCAUUGUUUUUGUGAUAUUGUAGUCUAGUCAUGUGGUAAAUGGUAGUUAUUCAACAAGGAUAAUAAUAUGCACUAAAUUUUACAUUUUAUUGUAAGAAUAUCAGAUCAGAAAUUACAUUAAGAAAUGUGAUAAUCAAAAAAAAAAAAGGAGAGACUCAUCUUUAAAAUUGAGCUCUAUCAAGUCAUGAGAAUUGGUCAUUACAUUUUCCUUUAAGACUGAUUAAUCAUUCAUCUGUUCGUAAAUUGAGCAUUUUAAAUAUUUUUGGUAGACGUUCCAUUAAAUGCGUGAUCUAAGAAAAUUGUUUACACACUAUAAUUUACAAAUUUACAAGAACUUACAUGGAGUAACAAGAAAAGUUGUUACAACUAACUGCAGUAUUAUGUAGAAACAGUAUCUGACCCUACUUUAAAAAAAAAUAUGAAAAACAGGCUUUAAAAGCCAUCAAUAGUUGUGGAAAAAUUGAAGUCUUCUUGAAAAGUUCAACAUCAAUUUAAAAAGCACUCUUACCCUAGACAUACAUUUGUACAAUGAUUGGUAUCUUGAAUAAUCCCCUUUGAUACCGUUUGUACACCUCUGAUAGCUGUUUAAUACAUCAAAUAAGCACAGAUGUUUAAAAGUCAAAUGAACAGGAGUUAGCAGCGAUGCUUAAAAAAUUCUUGUAACCUAGCCUACUUAGAGAAAACAUACCAAAAUUGCUAAGUAAAGGAAUAAAUAUUCAGACAAAUUUC